AUGGUGUUCCGGGCUGUGUCUAAUGUUUGGUAUUCAGUGAUAGUAAAUGGAGUCACUGAAGGCUUCUUUACAUCUACGCGGGGACUCAGGCACGGGGAACCACUGUCCCCGACUUUGUUUGUGAUUACAGCUGAAGUCCUGUCCGUUUACCUUGCUUGGGUGUAUGAUGGCACUACGGUGCCCCGGUUUACACAGCCGCCAGGGACACCACAUAUACAUCACCUGGCCUAUGCAGAUUAUGUAAUUAUUUUUAGCACGGCCAGGUUGGGAGCAAUUCAAGAGGUAAUUAAUGCUUUGAAUGAGUACGAGGAGAUAUCGGGACAGUUUGUGAGCUUUCAGAAGAGUGUUUUUUACAUGCACCCUCGUACUCCAGCUCGUGAGAUUGAUGAGAUUCGCAGGGUAACAGCCUGCGCACCGCCUAAGCAGGUCAUACGGGACUUGGAAAGAUGCUAUGCUAGCUUCUUCUGGAAACAGUCAGGCGGCGCCCAGUAUCAUUGGAGUUCAUGGAAAAAUCUGUCUCGUCCUAAAAAGGAGGGGGGAGUGGAGUUCUUAGACAUGGAUUUGAUGGUAAGGGCGGCCAAUGCCAAAUUGUGGUGGAAUUUCCGGACAGAACACACGCUUUGGUCAGAUUUUAUGAGGGCUAAAUACUGCAGCCGGGUUCACCUGGUUGCUAAGUUAGUCCGGACUACUGAUUUGCACACCUGGAAGCGGAUGUUGACAGUACGUGAUGACGUUGAGAGGGUUCUGACUUGGCGGUUGUUCCAAGGCCGGGUUAAUUUCUGGUGGGAUAAUUGGUCAGGUCUGGGCCCGCUCGGCGGACUUUACCCGCACCAGGGGGUUUCCUACUCCCGGGAGUUACUCCUGGACUAUGUGCGGGAUGGUGGGCUCGAUCUGGCUGGCCAUGAUGACUUGGCUUAUGCAGGGAUUAAUGCGGACUUGUCCCGAAUGGGACGGGGUCCGCGUGAUAUCCCGCUCUGGACCGUGGCGUCCGAUGGUAUGUUUUCUUAUUCCUCUGCUAAGGCCUUUCUCAGGCCUGCUCUGCCCACUGUACCAGACCCUAUCUUAGCUAAGUGUUGGCACAAGCACCUCCCUUUUAAGGUGUCCUUCCUGGCUUGGAGAGUGUUCCGACAGCGGCUUCCCACAGACGACAUUUUGGCUCGUUUCGGUCAUGUGAUUGUUUCGAGAUGCUGGUGA